CCGGUUUCGAUCGGCAGAUUGCUUUAAGCACAAUUACCACACCUCAUAUAACGUCGUUAUCUUUCAGUUGUCUAGUUACGAAUUAAAACACAUCCAAACUUCCGUUGAGAAGCGAAAUUCGAGUCUUAGUGGUUACGUUCUGGCCCGAUAUACGCGUGCUCCGUAUCACUGUUCAUAUGACUAGUGUUUAUAUUUGCUGGUGCUAAAAACCAAAUCUAGUUACUCGUAUCGAUACAUCGAACGUUACCGCGUCCUUCGUUCAUCGUGGAUACACAUUUGAGAAAAGGAAAUCUUUGCCCUCACAGUUCCUUCCAAGCUCUCAAUUACUGCGAAUAUUAAAGAAUCUGUGAAACGUGUCUACAGACAUCAGAAUGAUAUUAGCGGUUUGAGAAAGACCAUUGCUGAGUAAUGCACUGUUGACUUGUUGAUUACUGGAAUAACGAAUUGAGCAUACUUUUUCUUUCGUUUUGACUUAAAUUUUUGCUAUGUCUCAUCGUAGUCCAUCAGAACGCCGAGUCCUUGGUCCCAGAAGAGCUUCGCGAGUGUCUAUUCAAGGCAGUUCGGCUUCCAAGGAAACAUUGGAUUCGGCUGAAUCUUCGGGAAGGCCCGUUGAUUGUCUAUUGUGCGGUCAACAAUUAACUAGUGUCUCGCAAGUCAAUUUCCAUAUGGAACACGCUCAUUUUCAAAAUGACCGUGACCAGAAAUUCGAAGACAUCCAGGAAUGGAUGAUUAAAACAGUACAAAACGCUUCCAAGCUGCAGUCAAGGGCUGUACAAAAAAUCAUAUCACCUAUUGCAAAGUAUACUGACGAAGACAUCGUGGAUAAUUUCAGUCUUCAGCGCACGAAACGAACGGACCAGUUAGUUACACGGGAGCAUUGGCAACCAGAAAACUCUGCUGUUAAAUGCAGUUACCCCGGCUGCUCCAAGACCUUGAACUUCCUCUCUGGGCGAAUCCAUUGUCGAAAAUGCGGUCUCGUAUUUUGUCACGAGCAUACCCUGUAUCAGGCGAAACUUUCUCCGUCCGCUGGCUACGAUUCUAAACACGGCAUUUGGUGCCGUGUUUGUUAUUCCUGCUUCAUUCAACGGCCGGGGUAUGAUGAUACGAAUGGUACAACGCGUUCACGAUUCAGUACUUACUCCUCUUUGCGCAAGCCCAUUAAAGAAAAACAGGAAAUUAACUUCUUACUUUUGGAGAAAAGAGUCAAAAAGUUCGAGAACUUGAAGCUGCAACGCAAUGUAUCUCUCGUCGGAAACUUGCUGUUCAACGAAGAAAGAAAAUUGGAACAGAGUAUCGUGCCCUGGAAAGAUGACAAGGGAACACAUGCAUGCCCUGUUUGCAAGAACCCAUUUAGCCUGCAACGACGUCGACGACACUGCCGUUUAUGUGGUGAGGUUGUUUGCAGGUAUUGCGUCUUUGAAAUUUCAAUUACUACAGUUAUUCCCUCGCUGCUAAUUUGUAAAAACUGCAACCACUGUUACUUCGAGAAGUUAAAAUUCGACAUGGAGCGCGCUGAAGCGCCCCCCUAUUUGCUCCAUGCUCAGCACCUUUGGACAUAUCGCGAAGCACUUCUAUCUCGAUUACAUAAUUACAAUGCGGCAGUUAAAAGGGUAACAUCUUUUGACACAAUUACGGCGGGUGACUUCAAUGAACUUAAGCGAAAAAGAAACAAGUUUCUGCAGCUUUCCAUGCGCUUUCACCAAACAGCUCUGAAAGUCCAGGAUUCACUCUUUCUCUCAGAAACGAUAGAACGAGUGAAAAACGCAAUUGAUCAGCAUGCUAAGUAUAUAUUUUACGAAUGCACGACAAUGCUUCUUCCACUUCCACGCCGCGAACUUGUUAUCGGGAUACAUCACAGGGCUUCAUCCAUGUCGACUAUGACUUCUCAAGCAUCAUCCAGUAUGAAAAGUGAUGCUGAUGAAAUUCAAGAGAAAAUAAUGUCAGAGAAAAUUGUGUUCCAAGAGCAGCUUUUUCUCGUUCAAAAAAUGAUAGAAGAAGCAAAGCAGAAACGGAAAUUUGAUGAACUAAAAACCCUCAUUGCGAGUCUAGUCCCUAUUAAAGAAACUAUUGCGAGGUUGGAUGAGCAAUUACAACUUCAAGAGUCGUAAAUGAUAUUUCUCAUGUCUCUGUCUCCGCAUCAUCUAUACAGCUCCGUGUAUCUUUUAUUUAUAGUUUUUCUCUGUAUAUAGUAAUUCUACAAUUUACUGAGACCUGCUUUUCGUCCAUGUACUACACUCCUUGUUCUACUUACUACUCCACUGG